AUGGGGCCCAAGCGAAAACCGGGUGGUAAACAGAAACGCCGUAGUGAAAAAGCCACAACUGCCACUGAUGCUGUUAACGAACCCACCACAACUACGACAACAACAAAAGGAAGAGGAAGAAGAGAAGAAAUGGAAAGAGAAGAAGAAGAAGAGGAUAACUGGCUUCAUCGCACACCGGCAUCAACACCCCAGCGACCGCAGCGCAGCUCUCAAGGCCGUUCCUCCAUCACUCCGCCACCACGACUGUCAAGAACAGCAGUGGGGGCUCAGGAAUUAAAGCACACCCCUCGUUUUGCCCAAAAACGUAGUCGCAGCCAUGAUUCGACUGAGAAUGAUAGUAAUAAUAGUAAUAAUAAUAAUAAUAAUAAUAAUAGUAGUAGUAGGAGUAGUAGUGGGAGUCAUCAUCAUGAUGAUAAUAAUAAUAAUAAUCCACACUCUGAAGAAGAAGAAGAGGAAGAAAUGCAGGCGUGGAAUACGCGGCGCACAACGACGGGUGAUAGUCGCCGCAGUGGCAGCAGUCUGGGAAUGAAGGAACGGCACAGUAGUGCUCUUUUGCAUGGAGAAGAGGGAUUCUUUCAUGAUCUUCGAUCUAUGCAUCCAUUGCGAGUACGUAUUGGUGUUUGUCCACUGCCAGGAAGUAAUCACAAUCACAACAACAAUGACAAUGAGGACAACAAGCAUAACAACAGCUUUGGUAUGUUUUCCACAUCUACACGAACUUCAGGAGAUACAAGAAGAACAACAAUGUCAACCAUAUCAUCAAUACCAACUACAUCGGAUACCACAACAGCCUUGCUGCUGGCACCACGUAAGUUCUUUACUUUACCUGAAGAUAAAGGAGGUUCUGAUGUUGUUGGAUGGGCUGCGGCCUUUUCUUCUGUUUCGUUAGAUUUACCGAGUGAAGGUGUAUACAAUAAGGCUUCUGUCUCUGUGACAGUGAUGCUUCCACCAUAG